AUGGAGGAGGCGCCUUGUCACGGCCCCGAAGCUCGCCGUGACAAAGCGCCUGAACACGAAGCGACGGUCAAGGCAUAUUACAGCUCAAUGGAGGUACAGUUAGGGCUUUGUUCGCAAUUCCAGAACAAGGGCCUUGUCCGCAUCGUUUUGGGAAACCAAUUGUGUGUGUUAAUAUUUAAGACGGAAUUUGUUGAGAGAGUUCUUACCAGCCAAAAAACGACGAGGAAAUCUUUCAACUAUACUUUAUUGCACUCUUGGUUGGGCACGGGCUUGUUAACGAGUUUUGGAGCCAAGUGGAAGCAGCGAAGGCGAAUGCUGACUCCAGCUUUUCACUUCCGUAUUCUUGAAGAUCUCGUCCCUACCAUUAAUGAACAUGCAAGAAAAAUGGUAAAGAGACUAAACCAAUGUUCUGGAAAUGCUGCAACCGACAUUGUUUCGUUUUCGACAGAGUGUACUAUGGAAAUCUUACUGGAAACCAUCAUGGGUGUGACAACAGCUAAUCACCAUGAGGACAUUGGAUCAUACGUGGAAGCCAUUAAAAAUUUAACUCUGAAGUUUAUGCUGAGGUUUCAGAAUCCCUGGCUAUAUCUUGACUCGAUAUUCUACAGAACUAGCCUUGGAAGGGAGUGCGCGCACAACCUCUCAGUCGUUCAUAGCUUUAGCAAAAAGGUCAUUCAAAAAAGAAGGGAAGAGCUUGUCAAAGAAAGAAGUACGGUUACUGCAGUCCCUACGAGUGACAAUGAACUCCGGGGGAAAAAACUGCCAACAUUCAUUGACAUCUUACUGCAGCACAGCUUGGAUUUUGACGCCCUUCUUACAGACGACGACAUCCGAGAAGAAGUGGACACAUUUAUGUUUGAGGGUCACGAUACGACGGCAGUAGCGAUAGCAUGGUGUAUUUACCUGAUCGGCCUGCAUCCUGAAGUCCAAAAGGGAGUCCAUGAGGAGCUAGAUGCAAUCGUUGGCGAUGAACCAGAAAAGAACAUAACACUGGAAGACCUGAAGAAGCUCACGUACUUAGAUCGUGUCAUCAAGGAAUGCCAACGCCUGUAUCCGUCUGUACCAUUGAUUGGACGGACCGCUUCGGAGGAUUUCGAAAUGGGAGGCCAUCUAAUUCCGGCAGGAGCCAAUAUCGGAGUGUUCAUAUAUGCGUUGCAUCGUGAUCCCGACGUCUUUCCAAAGCCAGAAGAGUUCGAUCCUGAUCGGUUCCUUCCUGAGAACAGUGAAAAACGCCACCCUUUAUCGUACUUGCCAUUUUCAGCUGGGCCCAGAAACUGCAUUGGCCAGAAGUUUGCUUCCAUGGAGGUUAAGAUAAUAGUGGGGCACAUCAUGCGCUCCUUCAUCGUGCAGUCAAUGGAUCCUCGAGACAAGCUUCUCGUGUCUCUCGAGAUCGUCCUGAGAGUAGCGAACGGUCUCAGGAUCAAAGUAGUCCCGCGAGCCUCGUCCAAAGGAACGUCCUCCUAAGACGCGAGAUCAUUUUGUUUUUGUGGAAGGUGCGCUGACGAAACAUGUUCUUACGAUCGCAGAACACGGCAAU